AUGUUAGUCUCAGAAGGCAUUCUCUCUAUGCAAACGCCACUCUGCCCAGUAUGUGACAACCACGGGGAUGCCACUCCCCCCAAAUGUGACAACCACGGAGAUGUCACUCCCCCAUUAUGUGACAACCACCGGGAUGCCACUUCGCCAUAUGUGACAACCAAGGGGAUGCCACUUCCCCUAUGUGUGACAACUAAGGAGAUGCCACUUCCCCUAUAUGUGACAACUAAGGAGAUGCCACUCCCCCUAUAUGUGACAACUAAGGAGAUGCCACUUCCCCUAUAUGUGACAACUAAGGAGAUGCCACUUCCCCUAUAUGUGACAACUAAGGAGAUGCCACUCCCCCAAAUGUGA